AUGGGGGUCUUAGAGCUUGGAGAUUUGAAGGAAAGUUUAGGGAGUGUUUGGGUUUUGAGGAGGAAGGAAUCGGGUGGUUUGAGACGGAUUGGUGGUUUUGAAUUGAAAAUUGAAGGGGAAUAUAAAAGGCGGGUGGAUAUUGAAGCCAUUUCUUGUGUGCGGAUAAGGAAGGAAAAAAGAGUGGAUGUUUGCGCUGCUAAUGGCGAGGAGCGCUGUAGGCUGAGGAGGGAUCGAUUUAUUCAUACCGCUUCUUCUCUCGACUUCUCUUCCUAUGCUUAUUCUAUUUUCGCCUCCAUUACCCACUCCCUCGAUAUCUAUCUUUACGGCACCAUCAUCGAUGCUCUUCUUGCUCUCCUCCCCACUUCAAAUCUUAUAUCUUUCUUUACAAUAACAUCCAACUUGUUGGGUUACGACUCAACACUUACUCAUUCCCUUUCGCCCUCGAGGCCGUCACUUGAUCAUCAUCUAUCCCUACCGGAAGGCAACUUCACUCAAUCCAUUCGCUUUGGACAUCAUUCUCAUCUUCACAUCGUUAUCGCCUUGGUCCGAAUGUACUCCUCGUUUGGCUCUCCUAGCAUCUUUGAUGCUCACAAACGGUUUGAUGAAAUGAGCAUGACCACUAAAGAUAUGGCUCUAUGGAAUACAAUGUUUAAUGGGUAUGCUAAGCUUGGUGACCUUCGUAGUGCUCGAGCUCAGCACCCGCAAUGUAAACACAGCAGGUGA